CCACGCGGGCCUACUUUUAUUCUUUUGACUAGGAGGAUGUAUAAUCCUCGCAUGUGCCACCACUGCGGAUUACCUGGUCACUUUAUACGGGAACGCCAGCUCCGAGACAUUCUGAAUGCUGCGGAAUUGGUGGGCGGGUCGUCAUCUAGUUCUAGGACGGAGGCGAAUGGAAUCUUACCAGCGCCUACUUCUAAUGCGAUCGUUCCCUAUCGGGGGAACCAAGCGGCUUCGACUUCCUCCAAUCGUUACGGUGGCGGCAGUUACAAUAACGGUGGUAAUGGCUAUGGCUACAACAGCGGUGGAUACAACAGAUACGGGGGCUAUAACAAUAAGAACAAUAGAUACGCACGCAACAAUUUCGUGGACAGAGGUCGUGAUGACAAGAUCGAUCAGUUGUACGAUCUCUUUCAGGAUCAGGUGGAGGAGAAAAAAGAUCGGCAGAGGAAGGAAGAGGAAAGGAAACGGAAAGAAGCUGAAAAGGAGAAGAUGUUGCUUGAGAAGAAGGACAAAGAUUCGUUCAUUAGUCGAACAGGAGAUCGCAUUCUCCAUCGGGAAUUGGAGGAUCUCAAGACUAAGAGCAUUGGAGACAGCAAGCAGGAAGAUGUCGAAAGGUUGCGGAAGGAGAAAGAAGUACUUCUUAAGCUUCAGGAACAGAAACAACUUGAGCAGGACAUUGUGGCUCUAAGGGCGAAGGGAAGGAAGCUGAGCGAUGACAAGUCCAAGGAGGAGGACCUUGACAGCCUCAAGAAGCAGGUGGAGAGUACGCAAGGGCUUCAAUCGCUACUAGAGAAAAAGAACGAAGAAAUGGCCAAGCUGAAGUACGCGAACAGCCAUCUGGAGAAACAGUUUGUCGAUCUACAGCAGGAUGUGCGCUCCAUCAAGCACGCUGCCAUGUACACCCCGAAAGACAUGGAAUCUCUCCACAAGGCUUACAAGGACGCGUUGGAAGCGAAGCAGAUCGCCAUACAGGAAGCUGAAUUUUUCAAGGAGCGUUUGAUGAAGAAGCUUACUCCUGUUCCACGCUCCAAGCGUUCCGCUCUAGCCAGGAAGACUACUCCCCGUAACUUACGCAAGUCCCUGGGGGAAGUGGACGUUCACAACCUCGAUUCUGCCGAGGACGACGAGACCGGGGAAGGUGAUGAGCAGACCAAGGAAGCGGAGCUGCUGGAUCGUCUCGUCCUGAAGAAACGGAAGGAGUUGCGAUAUGCCAAGAAGGCUGAACUGGAGACCUUGUGUGAAGAGGAGGGUAUUUUGUAUAUCAAAAUUGAGCAGGCUUGGAUGGAUAUUGCGGAGAUUCGAGCCCGGCGAGAGUUCGAGCAGAUCAGGAAGGAGAUGAAGUCCAGCUUUGAGGUAGAAGACAGGGCAGCGGCAGAGAACGAUGAUGAUGCUCAGUAUGCCACCUCUACUGAAGACGGUCUUGGCGCUGACGAGUGAGGACGCGCCCUGAGUGCAACUAAUCUCUGGUUCUUCACUCUUGCAUGUCGGGAUUUUCGAGGUAGUUAUGGUAAAUUUUUCU